AACACUUCCGGUUUCUGAAUUGACACUCAGCCACUCACGAGGCUGAUUCUAUAUCUUUAGCAAUGGAGUCUAUCGUUGCAGCCCCUGAAGUGUUCAUAGGUGCUAUAGUGGAGCUGUAGCCGCUUUGUAAUAAAAGAGGAGGAGCCGAGUCGACUUCCACAUCCGGUGAUGGAAGUAGCCCUUUUUGAAUCCCCGCCGUUGCCCUUUUCCGUCAUGGCGAAUCCCGCUGCCAAUUUAAACGCGGUCAGGGAGACCAUGGAGGUUCUGUUUGAGAUAUCCAGAAUACUGAACACCGGCCUGGAUAUGGAGACACUCUCUAUCUGCGUGAGGCUGUGUGAGCAAGGAAUAAACCCCGAGGCUCUGUCGGCAGUUAUCAAAGAGCUCCGCAAGGCCACGGAAGCCCUAAAGCCGAAAACAUGACAAGCUGAUUCUGUGCCAGAAGAAUUUGGGACGGGGAUCGCGCUCAAAGCGGAAGGUUGGCACUUGAUGGGAAGACUUACUUGCUGCACUGUUAACUGUGGAUGUCUGUUGAGAAUUACAGCACUGUUAAUUGUACGUGUCCAUUUCCAAGCAUUUUCUCAAAUGUCAGCUAAAGAAGAAACACAAAAGCAUGCCGAGAAUUGUUGUAUGCUUAUUAACUGACAAUCUGUCGAGCCUCCUUUUCACGAGAUACAAAAGCUGGAAAGUGUUGUAAUUAUGUUUAUGUGUCCUUUGUAGUACAAUUAGCGGUCUUUCCGAUCUACAAAAAUGAAAUCAUACAGCGUUCUACUUUUGAAAACAUAUUGGUUUUACCUAAUUUGUUUUGGGUAAAGAUCAGGUUAUAAUGUAUUCUUCCUUCCCCCCCCCCCCCCCCCCCAAAAAAAAAAUGUAAUAUGAAACUGAUUUGGUUGUACUGUACAAAUCUUAGAUUACGAGGAGAAUUAACAAACCAAACCUAAGCACAGUUACACCCUCCUAAUCUUGUCAAUGAACUUGGUAGAGGUUAACUCUGUUUGGGAUUGCACUGAAGGACAGGAGUGCUUCAUCUGUGCUUAAACUCUACAAAGAAACUCAAAAUUGAUGUAGCAGCUGGUAAUCGCAUGAAUAAGUUGUUAUUUGGGAAAAAUUAAGAACACAAUCUUUACUCCUUAUGCACAAUAUCUUGGAUAUUUGUUGAGAGAUGUCAUUUGUUGUGAUGUUGUUUUCUAAUGUAUGAGGUAUUCAGCUAUAUAGUGUACUUUUGCUGCUGUUUAUUUGGGGAUGGGGAUGAGCUUUAGUUUGUUCUGCUGAAAUCUAGCUUGUACUCGGUAUAACUUCCAUGUCCUCUCUUUCUGUUUUGUUGUUUCACAAUGAUAAUGGAACAUGAUUGGCCCUUGAAAAGGUUAUCAGACUUAGCUGGGGAAGAUCAAAUUAUGUUUUUAUUUAUGGGGGUAGGUUGCGAUCCUUCUGUUUCAUUGUGGAAUGCUCAUUUAAUGACAGUGGAAAGAUUGCACAUAAAUCAGGGGUAGAAAAUGUGUGAAAUGUACUAGUUGUGGUCAUCUAAAGAACAUUUUUUUUACGUUUAGUGAUAAAAAUGCUUCCUUGAAGAAUUAUUUGUGCAUUUUGUACUUUUCCAUUCUCGUUUCUCAUGUUUCGCUUGAUCCUUGAGUGUGGGGUUCCUCACCAUUUCUGCUCUGAGUAUUUAUAGAGAUGGCUCGUCUGAUGUUUAUGUAAUGAAUAAAGAUCCUUUUAUUUAUUGCA